UGCAGACGAUAUUUGAUGAUUGUUUGAGCCCUUUUUUGAAGAUAUGGCAUGAAUCAAUGACUACAUGUGAAAGUAGAUAAGUCCAUGAGGAUCAUUAUAAAUCUGAUAUUUGAUCACUGGUGUGUGAACCUGUUUUUUAGAUGGGUGGAUAUGUAGACAAUUAGGAGAAAUGAUAAAGCUAGUUAUAUCCCUUCUUCCAUUAUUGAUCAAACAUGGCUGCUGCUGCUAUAGGUGCUGCAGUCUCAUUUCCAUCAUCAAAGUCGUCGUUGUCUCUCCCCACAAAAACAUCCUUCGUUGGAUUUUCCUCAACAACGAGAGCACACGGGAGGCGUGUAGUUAUGGGGGAAGAGUGAAGGCUCAGGUGACAACAGAGGUGCCAGUGAAAGUAGUCAAGGAGUCAAAGAAACAGGAAGAAGGAAUAGUUGUCAACAAAUUCAAACCAAAGGACCCUUACACUGGUCGAUGCCUCUUGAACACCAGGAUCACUGGCGAUGAUGCUCCCGGUGAGACCUGGCACAUUGUCUUCACCACCCAAGGUGAGGUUCCAUACAGAGAAGGGCAAUCGAUAGGAGUGAUUCCAGAAGGAAUUGACAAGAACGGGAAGCCCCACAAGCUGAGGUUAUACUCUAUAGCCAGCAGUGCCAUUGGUGACUUUGGAGACUCCAAAACCGUGAGAGCUUUUCCCCCUCUGACUAGCGACUUGAAGCCGGGUGAUGAGGCAAAGAUCACUGGACCAGUUGGAAAGGAAAUGCUUAUGCCUAAAGACCCAAAUGCCACCAUCAUCAUGCUUGCAACAGGAACUGGAAUAGCUCCAUUUAGAUCAUUUUUGUGGAAAAUGUUCUUUGAGGAGCACGAGGACUACAAGUUCAAUGGUUUGGCGUGGCUCUUCUUGGGUGUACCCACAAGCAGCUCACUGCUCUACAAGGAGGAGUUUGAGAAGAUGAAGGAGAAGAAUCCGGAAAACUUCAGGCUGGACUUUGCGGUGAGCAGGGAGCAGACUAACGACAAGGGAGAGAAAAUGUACAUACAGACAAGAAUGGCAGAGUAUGCACAAGAGCUGUGGGAGUUGCUGAAGAAAGACAACACAUUUGUUUACAUGUGUGGCCUCAAGGGUAUGGAGAAAGGGAUCGAUUGGUUAGAGUACAAGAAGCAAUUGAAGAGGAGUGAGCAGUGGAAUGUGGAAGUUUACUAAGCAGAGCUUGUGAGGGGUUUUAUUAU